CCCCGCUGAAAAUUCCAUCUUUAUCCCCAGUUUUUGUUGGUGGAAUUACCAUAUUUUCUGCAGCUGAAUUGCAAAGGAGGAAAAGAUUGCUUCUUGCACUAAAGCAUCUCGCAUCAAUCAACGAGGAACGCGACGGCCCAUCUCUUGCUGCUGCUGCUGCUUGCCCCAUGCGAAUAAAUGGCGACAGCCCAUUAACGGUUUCUCUCUUUUCCACCUUUCCCACGCUGAGAUUUCAGGGAGAAAAGAACGGGGCAUCCGAUUCUUGGGUUCUUGAUUCCUCCAAUGAUGCCCGAGUCCCCGGUUAUUUCUACAGCCGACCCUUCUGGUGAAGCAUUGCUCCGCUGAUCGGAUCAUCGGGGACUGGAGUCGGAAGGGGGAAGAGGGAUUCUGGGAUGUUCAUGCUUGUCGUGUUUGUUGUCGGGUUCGUUCUUGGGGCGAUUGCUGUUCUUGGUCUUGAAGCUCUUGGGGUUCUGUUUGUGAUCAACAAAUUGUCUCAAAAGACUCGGAAAUUGGAACAGUCUUUGAUUGCUGCUAACGAUGUUGAUUAUCUCCUACCCCUUGAUUUUCUUCACCCGAAGCAGGGGGAUAUUUGGAUUCUUGAGUCAGAACAAGUCCCGAAGAAAUGGUCGGAGAAAUUAUCACGGGAGCAGGAGAGAAAGAAGUUCUUUGAGGUUUCUCCUGUUCGAAAGCAUGCACUCAUCAAGGAUCACUGGCUUAUCCUGACAGAACCAGAUGGUUCCCCUUACACCAUUCAGUUGAAGGGAUGCAUAAUUGAGGCCGUUUCAGCAACAAAUAUGCCAUCCAGAAAGUGGGCUAAAAGAUACCCUAUCAAAAUGCAAAGCAAGACUUCAGCAAUCUAUAAAGGAAGUAAAACCCUGUACAUUUAUCUAGAUACUUCAUGGGAUAAGGAGUCAUGGUGCAAAGCCCUUCGACUCGCUUCAUGUGAUGACCAUAUGCGGCUAUCCUGGUUUUCAAAAUUGCAUGAAGAAUACAAGUCUUACGUGAGCACCUUACUGGAUGGGUACCCUUCAUUUAUGAGACCUCAAUCGGGAUUUUACACGGAGCCAAUAGAUAAGGAGAACAGAUUGGACAGUUCCUCCUCAAAGGUCCGCGUGAUAUGGAAAAAGCUUGCAAAAAAGGUCUCUAAGGCUGCCGCAGAGAAUAAUAAGUCCGCAUGGGCAUCCCUGUCGGGACGCGAAGAGAGGAGGAUGAAUGAGAGAGUAAGGGGCUACCAAGAUUCUAUUUCGAGCACGAGCUCGGGCAGCGCCACACCUCUACCGGGCCUUCCUCCACGUAAUUCAUCAUUACCUCGCUCGAGAAGUCAAAGCAACAUCUCUGUUGUGUCGGAUUCGGACCCAGAUGACAGGAUCAGCGUGGAUGAGGGAACACUCUGUUGGAAUCUAUUGGUCUCACGGCUCUUCUUCGACGUCAAGAAGAGUGAAAAUAUCAGGAGGUCUAUCCAAGAUAGGAUUCAGAGGACACUUUCUAACAUGAGGACUCCCAAUUACAUCGGAGAAGUCAUCUGCACUAACAUUGAUCUUGGAAGCCUCCCACCUCACAUUCACAGCAUGAGAGUUCUUCCAUUGGACAUGACCGAGAUCUGGGCCUUUGAAAUUGAUCUUGAAUAUUCAGGUGGCGUGGUUAUGGACAUUGAAACGAGAAUUGAAGUGCAGGAGUUGGAUCUUCAGAAAGAGUUAGUCGACCCAAAUUCGGAAUCGUCGGUUCUUCUAGAAGAGUUUGAGCAGCUCGGGAAUCAGUUGAAUAUCUCCAAUGAGAAAUCUGAUCAAGUAGAUCAGAAGGAUGAAGGGGAUUCCAGAGUUGAUGAGCCAAAAAUUUCAAAGACCAAUGCUACAUCAUCAGCACCAAAUGUCAAGUCGAGGUGGAAGUCUAUGUUAAAUUCUGUGGCCAAACAAGUCUCACAGGUGCCACUAUCUUUGCGGAUAAGGGUAGCAUCUCUCCGGGGAACAAUCCGUUUCCACGUAAAGCCGCCUCCAUCUGAUCAGCUGUGGUUCUGUUUCACGUCCAUGCCUGAUAUAGACUUCAACCUCGAGUCAUCUGUGGGAGAGCACAAGAUUUCUAGCAGUCACGUUGCUCUAUUCCUAAUAAAUCGUUUUAAGGCUUCAAUGCGGGAAAUCAUGGUGGCUCCAAACUCUGAGAGCGUGUGGAUUCCGUUUAUGGUGGCGGAAAACGAUGACUGGAUCCCAAGAAAUACUGCUCCUUUCAUAUGGCUAAAACCUGACCCUGCUCCCGUGCUUGAGAAGCCUUCCUCUUCCCAGCCAGUCGAUGCGAGACCAAACACCAGUCCUGCCAGAGAAUCCUCAAGGGAUCAUUCCGAGAGCAGACCUCAAUUGCCAAAACCCACCAAAAGUGAGCAGGCACAAACAACAGCUAGUAGUUCCUCCUCAGAUGCCUCCUCGACGGCUGCUGAUAUUACAAAGCAGAAGCAAUCAUCUCAAGACCCGACGACCCCACUACUGAUGACAAAUGAUGAAGACCAAGAGGAACGUAUAGAGAGUAGAGAAUUUCCUGUGAGCGAGUCCUCGUCCAGGUCUGUGAGCCAGUCUCCUUCGAGGUCUGUGAGCAUGAGUUCCUUUGGGAGUCAGAACAGUUUGAAUUCAGAAGACGACGGGAAGCCAAAGAAGAUGGGGAGGAGGGCGAGGAUGCUCGACCUCAGGAAGAAGAUGGGUGAGAAGAUUGAGGAGAAGAGGCGGCACAUUGAGGAGAAGGGCAGGACCAUCGUCGAGAAGAUGCGGGCCCCAUAGAAUGAAGCCAAGGACCCGAUCACUUGGCACGUUUUUUGUAAUUAGGUGGUUCAGAAGGUAUACUGUCGAUGGCAUAGGUACAUUCAUCGGGAAACGAGUCCCGAUCAUACCGUAAAUUCUUUAGGGUGUCCAAUUUGAAAAUUUGUGAAACGGAUAGAAUAAUAUAUCUUGAGUACUUGCAGCUUGGCGGCACGAUUAAGUUUCCUGUAUUCUCCAUCAUAACAGCACGAUUCAUUUGAUGAUAUUUCACAAUAAUUCUGCAUA